UUCCCUUCUACUUCCUGUUUCCAUUGAGUUCUCUGCACUCCGAUUUUAUUACACCGUCCACACGGAAAAGAGUGGAACAAGUGUGAGAGGAUGAAUUACAACUAAUAGUGAUGCAAACAAACUUGCCUGACAAAAUUCUCAUUUUUUGAUUUUUGUGUGUGUGAUCAUAAGUCGCACGUUUCGUUUGCGUAAUGCUGACUCAUAAAUGUGAAAUUUAUCACAAAAAAAAACGGUUUAUAAACAGAAAUUUAUGAUUUUUUCGAUAAAAACUAGCGGAAUUCAUUUUUCUAGCAGUUGUUUUUUUUCUGAACUCGACAAUUGAUUGCAAUUGCUACAAAACCCAAUUGAAUUGUAAUAAAUUGAAUGUGUUUCUCUUCUCUCUUCCAACAACUCACCGGCUCAUUUCACCCCCAUUCUUUUUCUCGCAAAAAAACCUUUUUCUUUAUUUCUUUCUUUCUUUCUAAAUUCCAAUUCACUUCUAAAUGUCGCAACGAAGACACUUCAAAAUGUCGGUAACCGCAAAAAAUUUCUACCGGAGGCCGCUUCCAGAGACGUGUAUUGAGUUUUCCAGUGAGCUUGGCAAGAAACUUUUCACCGAGGCAUUGGUUCGAGGAUCAGCGAAUAUUUAUUUCAAGUUGGCAUCUCAAUUUCGGACACAAGAUGAGCCAGCAUAUUGUGGUUUGAGCACAUUAGUGAUGGUUCUGAAUGCGUUGGAAGUGGAUCCUGAAAAAGUUUGGAAAGCGCCGUGGAGAUUCUAUCACGAGUCGAUGCUGGAUUGUUGUGUGCCUUUGGAAAAUAUUAGAAAAAGUGGAAUCAAUCUACAACAAUUCUCCUGCCUUGCAAAAUGUAAUCGUCUAAAAUCUACAGUAAGCUACGGUGACAAUUCUCCAGAUUUUCUCAAAAAAUUCCGGACAUCGCUCGUGAAUUCAGUUCGAAGUGAUGAUCAAGUUCUGGUAGCCAGCUACGAUCGGAGUGUGCUUGGUCAAACGGGAUCAGGUCACUUUUCACCACUUGCCGCCUAUCACGAGGAUUCUGAUCAAGUUCUGAUUAUGGACGUUGCAAGAUUCAAGUAUCCACCUCAUUGGGUGAAAUUGGAGACUCUUCAGAAGGCAUUGUGCUCCGUUGAUGUUACAACAAAACUACCACGUGGGCUCGUGGAGCUCGAACUAAAAAAAGGAACGAGGCCUCUGAUAAUGUAUGGAUUGAAAGCCUAUGUGAACAUCAAUGAUUCCGAUUUUGCCACGUCAGUGAUCUCGUGGAAUCAAUUCUUAUUAUGUGAUCCAUUAGAAGACGACGAAGAAGAAUUCCAAUUGUGCUGUCGAAAGUUCGGGCAAUGUUUUGCUCCCCACGCAAUGUGCUGCACUCAGAAAACUUUCGACGCAGAUCAAAAAAACUCGUGUACAGAAUGCUCAACCGAUCAGAAUGAGGCUUGCAAGAUGAUUUGUUCGGAAAUACGAAGAACCCGAUUUGCCGAAGUGUUCUCUAGUUCGGCGGUUGCUGCUCUUCUCAUAGCGUGGCCAUUCGAAAAAGGAUAUUCAGAACGAAGUGAUCGAAUAGGAAAUCUUGCGGAAAAAUAUAAAAAUGAAUUUUCGGCAGAGACUAUGAAUGAAAUGAACCAACUGACAACCCAGAUCCGAACGUUAAUCAGUUGUUCGAAGCCACCUGUCGUGAUCAAUAUCAACAAACCGGACGCCACAAGCAACAAAUGCUGUAAAAACAAAAUCGGGCAAUCAUGUGCGUGUGCGAAUGAUGUUAAUUUAUAAUUUGGGAAUUUUAUGAAAUUCAUUUUAUUAAACGAGAUAAAAUAAUAAAAACAUGCAUUU